UCCAAUACAUCUAAGUAAAUGCAUAUACAUCUAUCUGGGCUAGCUGACAUUAAAUACUUACAUUGCAUGUUUUGUUUUAUUCACAGCAAUACGUCGUAGACGGGAAACUGGCGGUGAAGAACACUAUAAGAAGUACAAGAAUUGGUAUGACGCAAACCUAGAAGGUUUUGAAGUACCAUACCGAGCAACGAAUGAUUCCUGGAUUAAACUGAGUGAUACAGGGCCAGCUGAUAUGGAAUAUGAAAUCGGAUCUAUGAUCUGUGAAAAAGCAACAACUACCUUCUGUAAUGGACCACUUCCAGCUGGAAGAAAAUAUGUAGUUGUGGUUUUUGCCUGUACUAAGGGCGGUUGCAAAGAAGGGAUAGGUGUCCGUUUCAAAACAAAACCAGAGGCAGAGUCUCCAAUAGCUCUGAUUGUUGGUCUCGCUGUGGCAGGUGUUGUUAUCCUCGUCCUUGUCGUCGUGGUCGUCGUGCUGAUCAGGAGACGUAGACCACACAGCAGACCCCCUUCAGAAACGAGCUCCAGUGGAGAGGAACUAUUCGACAUAGAGAAAGAGAGGCCAGUGAAGAUGAUUGAAUUUAACAAUCAUAUAGCUGACCUACAUAAAGAUUCCAAUCUUCGGUUCUCUCAGGAAUAUGAAGACCUGAAAGCUUUGUCUCCCAAUAGCCCUAUGAUACAUUCUGAGAUGGAUGGAAACCGAGUAAAGAACAGAUACGUCAACAUCCUUCCAUUCGACCACAGCCGCGUGAAGCUGCUGCCACUGGAAGAAGACCCAGAUAAUGGCGUGGAUACCUCGGACUACAUCAACGCUAACUUCAUCCCCGGUUAUAAAGGACCACGUGAAUAUAUUGCCACCCAAGGACCAAUGACUGGGACCAUUGCCGACUUCUGGAGGAUGAUUUGGGAACAGCACUCCACCCUGAUCGUCAUGUUGUCAGACCUGCAGGAAAAAGGAAGGCCCAAGGUGGACCAAUACUGGCCUCCAAAUCCUCUGGAGCCAGUUAACUAUGGGGAGAUAGUUGUGGAAUUGACUAGUGUGUCUCAACUCAACAAGUUCAUCAUCCGAAUUUUCAAGUUGACACUGGGCAAAGAAGAUCGACUUGUUCGCCAGUAUUUCAUCCCAGGCUGGGAGGACUACAGUGCCAACCUGACUCCCGAGGACGUGAUCAGCUUCAUCCAGACGAUCCGCAAAGAGAUCCACCCGGCAGCCGACUGUGGGCCCGUCGUCGUCCACUGCAGUGCUGGAGUUGGCCGAUCAGGCACGUUCAUCGCGCUCGAUGUCUUUCAGCAGUGGGUUGAUGAUCACCAACUGAAUGAAGAACUUGAUGUGUUUGAGUUUGUGCUCAAGAUGAGAAACAACCGGCCACACAUGGUGCAGACCGAGAAACAGUACAUCUUUAUCCAUGACACUUUGAACGUGAUGAUUGAAAAGAGAAAACUUAUUCUUUGCCCUCCUGAAGAAAAUAUAUACGCCAACGAUAGUGUAUGUGAGAACAAAGGCUUUGAACCCGACGAGGAAAACCUCUACCAGAAUGUCUCCUCCAUGAAAGCUGCAAACACCCCAACAACAGUGCUCUAGGAGAAUACAGGAGUCUCCUCAUGAUGCACCCCUCAGAGGAUGCUCUCAGCAGUUUGUUCUGUAUUAACAAUUUAACAUCUUACAGUAGCGUUCUGUGCUACUUCAAAAUUGACUUCAUUCAAAGUAUACAAUACAAUACAAUUAGUUUCUAGACGGUUAUGUUUUUUGCAAGUAUUGAUAUAUAACGAAAUGUCUCUUACGAUUUGACAUAUAAUGUUUUAUUUGGAACUGGUUAUAUUUGUGUGGUACUUAUAAUGGUAGUGUGUACUAUUACUAUGUAUAACAUAGCUAGUUCCUGUACAUGUUCGUUUAAUAUUGGCACGGAGUUAUAUGUAGUUAAAGCACCAGCCACUAAUCAUUAGUUCCUGCUGUCCUAUAUUUUGUUCAAUUCAUUGCGAAUUGGUAGUAUUUUUGGUGAAGGGCUAAUUAAUGUUCUGAGUCCCUUUCUUAAUCUAGUAAUCUCACAGAGAUUUUCCUACACACCCUACAGCUCUGUCUUGCCAUGAGUUACCCCAUUGAUCAAUUUAGACACCGUAAUUAUUUCACACCCUACUGCUUAGUCCUACCAUAAGUUGCACCACUGAACAAUUUAGAACCCGUAAUUAGUUCACACCCUCAUUGAGCAAUUUAAAACACUUAAUUUUUUCACACCCUACAAUUCAGUCCAGUCAUGAGUUGCCUCACUGAACAAUUUAGACCCCGUAAUUAUUUCACACCCUAUAGUUCAGUGCAACCAUGAGUUGCCCCAUUGAGCAAUUUAGAACCCUUAAUUAUUUCACACCCGCAUUGAGCAAUGUAGAAUACUUAGUUAUUUCACACCCUACAAUUCAGUUCAGUCAUGAGUUUCCUCAUUGAGCAGUUUUGAACCUUUGAUCUACAACCUACAGUUCAGCCAUGAGUUGCUUCAUUGAACAACUAUUUGACAGAAUAACCAUUUUGUGAGAAAUAAGUACCUCAUUAUGUGGUUAGUAGAACCAAUUCCAUAAGAGAAAUAACUUAAACAAAGUAUUCAGUGAUUGAGCCGGUCAGAACGGUUUAUACAACUGUGUCAUUAGUAACCAUAAAGAUGUUUCAGAGCAAACGAAGCUCACUAAAUAUAAAUUGAAUGUGUUGGCAGUAUGUCUCAGUACAGCGUGUUCUUCACUUGACUCUUGUACGUGUUUGUCUUCAGUCUCCUUGUAUCAUGUUUAUAAAACUGUAAAGUUGGGCCUCAGUGCUGUAACAAAGACUGACGUUCUAACAUCUUGGCAACAUCAUGUAAUUACACGCAGCACCACAGACUAUAUAUAUUUGCACUUUACAAGUUUCAUAAACACAGGUCAUGAACACAAUUUUACAAUUAAAAGUCUGUCUCAAACGUAUAAGUCCUAUGGUCAUUGUUGCGACUUACAUUACUUUCACCGUUUGUGUGUUCUACACAUGCCAAUGUAUUUAAACGUUUCUUGCUGAUGCCCUUUUUAUCGCAUAACACUGUCUUUUGGGGCCCAUAGCAACUAGUUACCCCUACUAGUUGUUGAACAGUUACCAAUAAUUACACUGCAGUUGAAACUACAUUUCAGUUUAAAGCAGUCGUACAAGUAAACCUCAUUUUAAAGACCACCCACUUUAUCCACUAAGCGUAGCAUUAAAGAUCAGAUGACUCACAUACAGGAACAUACACUUUUUGCAAUUUUUCCAAUAUUAUACAAUAUGUCCUUUAUAAACAGGUUUAAUAUGAAAUAUAACCUUUUUCACAUAUUUGUUAACAGUGUUUUUAAAUAAAUCCUAUUUGUUAAAAACUACAUCACAUAUUCUACUUUUAUUUUUUGUAUUCUUAACCGACUGUAUUUUAUGUAAAUGUUAGACAUAUUUUAUGCAUAUUAUUAAUAUAAUUAAUAUAGUUGUUGAUUGAUCCCAGAGUGUUGCUUACAAAUUUAUUUUAUCAUAAUGUUAUUUUGUAGAUUAUAUGAUGAUUUCUAAACCACAUAUAUUAUAUAUUUUGUUUUUAUAUUUUUAUAUGAAUGUUCCAUUUUAUACCAGUCAUAACUGUUUGUUUUAGCUAUACUGACUUUAGAAACAGUAUUUCUAUUUUUUAUUUAGCAUAAUAGAGGCUUUUUUUAUUGAAAAAGCAUAACCUCAUUUUGUCAUAUACCACCACGCAGUUUUAAAUGUGUUGAAAUGACUUGAGAACUACAUGAUUGUUUUGGUUGAUAGACAUAAAUUAUGUUUCAAGAUAAUAUGUAGCUACAUAUAUGGCCCACUCUCGUACCAAAAUUGUAAUUUUUUUGGUUUAAAAACGAAAAUAUGCCUGUUUUUAAAAUUAUUUUAGCGAUAACAUUCUGUCUAGUAAAUUUUCUAUGGCAGCUGCAUAGUUGGUUUUGUGAUGUAGACACAUUUGCUACUGAACGUAUCUGUACAUUUUAAAACAUGUUUUUUUUACCACGAUAUGUAAUAACCAGAGCUUAUUGUGAUAAUUGGUUCAAAUGUAUCUGUCAUAUAUUGCUUAAUGCGUGGUUUUGUUUGAUCAGUGAAUUCACUUGUUUGUAUAUUUAUAUAUUUAGAUAAAUGCAGAUUGACAUUGGCCUAAAAUAGUUGAUACUUCCUGUUUUUAAAUAUUAUACUAUAUUAGAAUAUAUAAGCCUUUCUAAGACAGUGUUUUCAAGCCUUGUGUUUUUAAGUUGUGCAUAUUAACUUCAGUGAAAUUAUUGCUGAAAGUACAGACAAAUAGUAUGUGAAAAUUGUUCAAAACAUAAUUAAACAAAUUGUUAUACAGUUAUAAGUAUUAAAACUAUGCUAGGUAAAUGACAUCUGCUCACAUUUAAUUUUGUACGAUAUAUCCCUAUAUAUAUGUUGAUGUGUACAUAUAUUCCUGCACUGAUCAGAUACCAAACUGUUUUUAAGUGGCCAUAUUGAAUAAUCAGAGAUUUAACCAUAAAACAUGACGUUCUGCAGGUAUUUAACCAUACAACAUGACGUUCUACAGAUAUUUAACCAUACAACAUGACGUUCUACAGAUAUUUAACCAUACAACAUGACGUUCUACAGAUAUUUAACUAUAAAACAACGUUCUACAGAUAUUUAACCAUCAAACAUGACGUUCUACAGAUAUUUAACCAUAAAACAUAACGUUCUACAGAUAUUUAACCAUCAAACAUGACGUUCUACAGAUAUUUAACCAUCAAACAUAACGUUCUACAGAUAUUUAACCAUCAAACAUGACGUUCUACAGAUAUUUAACCAUCAAACAUGACGUUCUAUAUGUAUUUAAAGUAUGGCAUGCUAACUUGGUUGUUUUCCAUACAUGUUGAAUACGGAGGCUAAAAUCAGAAAGCCACGUAUCAUGACGACCUCGUGUCUAAACAUGUGCCUGUUAUUCGGUUCCCCGUAUACUACAGAGCAUGGUUCGCCUGGUCUGUGGGCUUCGUGUUUGUGUUCACAGAUCAUAAAUUGUUUGUUACUUGCUGGUGGUUUCAUAAUGGUGUUCUCCAUUGGAUGCACACUAAGGUAUUAUUGUUUUUCAGACAUGUUUCCAAAUUAUAGUUUGAGUGUGUAAGCUUACAUCCGAGUUAGAUUUAGUUUUUGUUUAUUUUUAAAUCAUUUUGUUUACAUAUGGUUAUGGCGUGGAGUUUUGUUUUGUUUUUGUUUGAGUUGUUAAUUUGAAUAGGAAGGCCCAAACAAUUUUCCACUUUACUAACGUAAAUAAUAGUAUUGCUCUUACAUAUACAAGAUAAAGACAUCUAAAAUCGUGCUCUCUCUUUUCUGAUUCACUUGACCAUUGCCUUGAUUUUGUGAUAACUUAAAAGAGUAUUUUGCAGAAAUGCCUUUUUUUCCUUAAAUGACUUCUAAAAUGAAUUGUGCAAGACAGAAUCAGACGAUCUACAUUUUAUUCUGUUCAUUUCAGAAAAACAUUAUAAUAUGGUACAUACCACUUAAAUUUUUUUUAUUGAAAAUCGUUUUGUUUGUAUACAUUUUGCUAGCCACUUUUUGUUGUCUUGACUUUAUCAGCUUUUGGUAUGUUGCUAAUGAAGUAUUUAUAUAACGUAUUAUCAGUAUCGAAUGUGAACUCUUGGGUUAAUACUGAGUGUGUAAAGCCUGAUCUCGGAAUUUGUCUAUUUAUAUUGUGUAAAGCCUGAUCUCCAAAUGCGUCUAUAUUGUGUAAAGCCUGAUCUCCAAAUGAAUAUGUCUGUAUUGUGUAUAAAGCCUACCUAGCCCGGUGUAAUCUCAAGCGUACAGGUACACUCAGUAACAAGUAACACUCACUACUAGUGUACAUCGCUAAAGGAUGUGCAAGGCUGCAAUCACAUUUAUCACUUUUUAAUGCAUCCACACACGUUUGUUAUCCGUCAUAUUCGAUUGUAUUGAAAUCAGUAGGUGCGAACAGACCUGUCCGACCCAGCUUUCGCACAUUUACACCCGUCUGCACUGCAAUCCAAUUCAACGGACAACAGGCUUAUGCGGAUGCAGAUAAAAACCAACGCGCAUAAAUCUAACAGCGUCCAGACUAACAAUUGGUGGUUUAUAUCCAAGACUGACAGAAAAAGUUAGAACAAACUCCUUUAAUUUUGGUUUUUGUUUUCUUUGUUUCAUAGACUUAUUUUCAAACUGAUCGUUUUUUAAAUGUUUUAUUCCUGUAUUCUCAGUGUUGAACCAAAUUUCGUAAAGGUUGUGUUGAAGUAAAAAAGGUGAGUCCGUUUCAGGUAGCAGCUUAUACAAGUGAUGGAAUACUGGCCCUUCUUUUGGCCACAGUGCCACAAUUGUUUUAACCAAAUCCACAGUUUUCUGUGAAAACCACGGCCAUCAUAUUUCAUGUAUUUUGAAUGGUCACUACUAAUGGUCGGAUGUAAACGUUUUAUUUAACGACUACUAAUGAUCGGAUGCCUACGGAAUUCAGAAAAGCACACAUUUCCCUCUUGACCGUCCUAUGUUAUAUCUUACCAAGCUUAAUUUCAACUUCCUCCAUUCAUAUUGUAUCUUUAAAUUUUAUUUUCAUCUUGCCCACCACCCCGUUAAUGUUAGGUCUUACAAAACUUAAUUUCAACUCCCUUCUUUAAUGUUAGAUCUUAAUUUAAUUUCAUCUCCCUUCAUUAAUGUUGCAUCUUCAAAACGUAAUUUCAACUCCAUGCAUUAAUGUUAGAUCUUAAGAAACGUAAUUUCAUCUCCUUCCAUUAAUGUUUUAUUUUAAAAACUUAAUUUUAACUUUCUCCAUAGAUGUUAGAUCUUAAAAACUUAAUUUAGACUGCUCACACCUUGAAAAUUGCUGUUUGAACUGUCCUAUUAAAUAAUUUCGUCAACAGCAUGUCGUUUAAAACAAAGUUCAUUGAAAUAUGCUGUAUUAACAUCUUCAUGUAGGAUAUGAGCUAUAUUCGGAUCUUUGUGAAAUUAAAUAAAUACAACUUUCUAGAGCUUUAGUUUUCUUAUGUUUGGCUAACUAACAAAUUCGCUAAAUUCUAAACUUUUGUGGGGCCAUUUAAAACUAAUAUGCCAUAGAACUGGGGAAAUAUAUACUUUUAAAAUAAUGUAGAUUGUUUAUGAAACAAAAUCCUUGAAUAAUUCAGUGUGUAAACUAAAUAUAUUAGUAAUAAUAAAAGCAUGACUCCCAAUAGACCCUCAGUUCUUUCUCGGUAGUACACAUAGGCGUGUGUUUUAUUAUCAUUAAUGUUUUCCAUUUUGAAACUAUAUCACCAUACAUGUUUAUUAGACUUACUAAACAUUCCAAAGCUGAUUUCUAUAGACGGUACACAGAGCCUGUGUGAAAAUCACCAAUUAUACUUACUAUGCAAGAUUGUAAUUGUAUUACCUAUUUUCAGAGUACAUAUUGCAAAUUAUUUUCUUAUAUAAAUAUUAUGUUGCAAAUAUUCCAGAAAUAAACGCUUUGCUUCAUAUAUUUUAGUAAA